ACUUUGGACCCAUAAAACUCUCAGCCCUGACAGCAGGUCUGCAGUCACAGAGCCACAGCACUAGGAAGUAGACACAAGGCCAAGGUCAGAGAGGUAAGGUGAGGAAUUCAACAGAUGGCAUUGCUGUGGUGUUGUUAAGGGAAGUAAGCUGCUCACUGGCUCCUGACGCAGCAGCAUGGAGGUGGUCCAGGAUACAUCCCGCCCGCCACUGGAGUAUGUGAAGGGGAUCCCUCUCGUCAAGUACUUUGCAGAGGCACUGGAGCCACUGCAGAACUUGCAACCCAGGCCUGACGACCUGCUCAUCAGCACCUACCCCAAAUCUGGCACCACCUGGGUGAGCGAGAUUCUGGACAUGAUCUACCAGGAUGGCGAUCUGGAGAAGUGUCACAGGGCCACCAUCAUGGUCCGGGUGCCUUUCCUUGAGUUUAAGGCCCCAGGGUGUACCACAGGUAUGGAGGUCCUAAAAGACACACCAGCCCCACGGCUCCUCAAGACACACCUGCCCCUGGCCCUGCUCCCCCAGGCCCUGCUGGAUCAGAAGGUCAAGGUGAUCUAUGUCGCCCGCAAUGCCAAGGAUGUGGCCGUGUCCUAUUACCACUUCUACUGCAUGGCUAAGGUGCACCCUGACCCUGGCACUUGGGACAGCUUCCUGGAGAAGUUCAUGGCUGGGGAAGUGUCCUAUGGAUCCUGGUACAACCACGUGCAGGAAUGGUGGAAACUGGGUCGCACCCACCCUGUCCUCUACCUCUUCUACGAGGACAUGCUGGAGAACCCCAAAAGGGAGAUUCGAAAGAUUGUGGAUUUUGUGGGGCGCCCCCUGCCGGAGGAGACUCUGGAUCGCAUCGUGCAGCACACAUCGUUCAAGGAGAUGAAGAAAAACCCCAUGACUAACUACAACAACCUGCCAACCCUCAUGGACUACAAUGUUUCCUCCUUCAUGCGGAAAGGCACCGUGGGAGACUGGAAAAACAUGUUCACAGUGGCGCAGAAUGAGCGUUUUGACACCGACUACGCUGAGAAGAUGGCAGGCUUCAACCUCCCCUUCUGCUUCGGGCUGUGAGCGCGGCUCCCGGGAAGUGAAGCCCGCCAGGUCACUGCCCCGAGAAUAGAAUACGACGUGUGUGGCCAAACCCCUGUGCUGUACACCUGCAACUAGUAUAAAAUCAUCCUGAAUGUCAACUAUAAUUAAAAAAAUCUAUAGUCACGGGAUGUAAAGCACAGCAUAGGGAAUAGAGUCAAUAGUAUUGGAACAGGUAUAUACGGGGUUAGAGGGGUAGCAGGCUGGGGGGUAUAUCACUCUGUGAGGGGUGUAAAUGUCUAAUCACUAUUAUUUUGAACACCUGAAACUAAUAAUAAAAAAGAAAAAAAAAACCUUAAUAAGAGGAAUUAUAUACUCUGAAAAUGAUCAUUUUUAGGUACGUACGUAGAGUACCUUUUAGUACAUUCAACUAUAACUGUGUUCUAAAUAUAUCUAACGGACUGAAGUCAUUUGAUUGUCACUCAUGCAUUCAUACCGAGAUAUCUAAGCUUUAUAUGCUUCCUGAUUGAAAAUAAGACUAUUUAGAUUUUUCUAAAUAAGCAGUGUCUGUGUCAUGAUAGGUUUAUAAAAUAAUAAAAUCACUUGAUAAAAAUGUUAUUUGACUAGAUUAAAAAUAAAGCUCAGUAAUGCAAACA